CUUUCAUCCUUGAACGCUUCUCGCUUCUUCCACCUUCUUACGCCUUCCAGGUGCAGAGCUGUUUAAUCCAUACGAACUAACGAAUGUGAUUGCUUCAACAAGCCGGUGUGCUUUCCGUGCAAGAACUGCUUGUCUUCCGGAUUUUGCGCCUAUGGGUCCCGUAAACAGAUGAUUUCGUUCCUCGGGCUACCAACUACGCCACUAGCCAACCACAUUCAACAGUCAAGCCAACCUGGCCCGCAACCCAACGUUCUUUCAAGUCGCCAACACGAAGCUGCGAUAUGAUAUUAAAGCCAUGGACUGGACACAGCGUAGACGCUGGUUAGGGAGGUCGGUUUGAAUUUCGAGACCGCAAAAAGACGUCACCUCACAAUGGGCCUGGAUCUACGCCCCAGGACUGCUAAAUCUGGGAUAAGGAGACGUUGUGGAUACAUGAUUGGCUUAUACCUGUCAACAGCCCCACCCAGGUGGGCUUGGCUCGUCGAUCAGUCUGCUCGAAAGUUCCAGAGCAAAGGAAGCGGCUGGUAUUUAUAAUGCUGGAGGUGGGCGCGUCCUCGGUCACACGCAUCGCAUUCUCCAAGUAUCAUGGACGAGACCGCCCGAGUCUUUCUAGCCCAGGCCAUCCGGGACGCGUUCACGUCUCUGGCAUCGAUCAUAACGAAGAGUAUAUUGACUGCUUGAUUUCUAAAGUCGAUAAUGACGUCCUCCAGGCUCAACUAGCGAGCCAGGACGGCAACACAGAAGAGUCCCCGUUGCGAACCACCGGCUUAGCAUUACAAACGCCUCCGGCUUCCCCGCACAGAGAGCGUGGAUCCUAUCGGAUUCUGAAUGCACCGAAAAGGAACUAUGGAAAUCUUGCAGGCGCAGAACCGAGGAAGAGGAGAAAGCGGCCUAUUUCGAAGCUUUCUGAAAAUUUAGGUAAUAAAUCUCCAGACAGAAUUGCUGAUGAACCUAUCGAGGUGGGUUGUAAGAAUAUAAGUCAACAGCCUGACUACGACCAUGUGAAAGGUACCCACCAUUUAGAUAUCUCCGUCGACAUUUCCUCGUCUUAUCAAGCAGACUCCGCGUAUACAUUGAGAGCAAUGUCAUCGAUAUUGUUCGAGUGCGUGAAGGUCAAUUUCACUAUUGGUCUCUACGGGCACCGAACGAGCCGUAUCCCGACAACCACUAAGCCUAACAAUAUCCGGAAAUAUGUUGAUGAGGUUUCAGAACUUGAUUAUGAAAAAGCAAUUCACGUUAUUCGCAGAGAUAAUGCUUUGGCCACGGGUAAGGGUCUUCAAAAUCGAUUCAACGAAACAAUUUUCUGGAAGAUCAUUCUCAAGUGUGCCGCGUUGAUCGAUCAUACAAAGCUACCAACCGCGAAAGGACCGGCAGACGGAUUUACUAUGGCAGAAAAAGCUGCAACCAAGAAAUUCAUGGAAGAUGCUGGAUACGGGUUGGGUGCAGAAAAUCAACGGCAAUGCCGCUUUUUCUGGGAAAACCUGUUCAAAAUGCGUGAAGCUGGCAUUAAUAAAGUCCUCUAUUACCGGACUAAGGAAUUCGACAGCUACUGCAAGGGAUAUUCAAAAAUGUCAGAAAUCUCUCUUGUGGAUGAGGUCAUGAGGUGGGAGGCCCACUAUAGACCUCAUAUCGAACAACCAGAAACCCGGGUCCUCAGACUUGGGAAAGGCGACCUGGCACGCCUAUCUGAUCUUGAGAAUCCCUAA